GUACGUAGGCAACUUCAGACGGUUCGUGGUGACAGCCGCGUUCGUGCGACUGACGACAGUAACGAAAGGCGAGUGCGAGCAUCCGAGAAUACGUUUCCGCGUGCGACGCGAGGGACCUUCACCUUAUCGCCGAACGUCCGCGUUCGGUACGUUUCGUCCAGGCAAUUGUCUCGUUGGAGCGAACGAGAGCGAUUGAAACAUGGUGGUGCUUAGUAGUUUCUUGCCGCCACAGGAAGGGAUACGCCAUGAAGAACCAAAUACUACAGUAUAUAUUAAUGACAGAGAAGUAGGAAAAGGCACUUUCUAUAUUACGGAGAGUGUGCUUUCCUGGGUGGACAGCGACACGCAACAGGGAUUUUCACUCGAGUAUCCUCACAUUUCCUUACACGCUAUUGCGCGAGAUGAGCAGGUUCAUCCAAGACAAUGUUUAUAUGUAAUGGUCGAUGCCAAAGUAGAUCUGCCAGAUAUGCCAUUAGCAUUAUCAUCUGAAAAUGGUUCAGAAAAUGACGAUGAUGAUGCAGACCCUCCAAUUACGGAAAUGCAGUUUGCACCAGAUAAUACGAAUAAUUUAGAAUUAAUGUUUCAAGCAAUGAAUGCAUGCCAAGCGCUUCAUCCUGACCCACAGGACAGCUUUUCAGAUGAGGAUAUCUAUGAAGACGCCGAAGAGGAUUAUGAAGGUGAAUAUGAUGAAGAGGUGGGCGCUGGAGAUGCACCUUGUAUCUUACCAACAGAGCAAAUGGGGACCACUCACACAGGAGCAGAUACAGAAGAAGCUAUGGACAUCGAAGCAGGUCAAUUCGAAGAUGCGGAAGAAGAUCCGUAAGAGGCAAUGAUUAGGUGCAGAUAUGCAUUUAGUGUUAAUUUACAUGUUUAUCAAUUUCAUAUAUGUAUUUCGGUAGAUAUACGUCGUUAUUGCAAAACUUGCUACGGAGCCGUAUCAAACGUUAAAGCACCUAAAACAUUUAUUUAUAUUCAUUUUGUACAUGGCGAUAAUUUCUUAGAUAAAAAUAAAUAAUUGUACAUCAA